UCUUUAUCUAUGGUGAUUUUGUGGAACGUUUUGGAACGCUAACGCCAAGGCGAGAACGAAUAAAUUGUAAGAACGAUGGCUGCAAUAAGUUUGUUAAAUCCAAAAGCAGAAUUUGCUAGAGCUGCUCAAGCUCUAGCAAUAAAUAUUUCUGCUGCAAAGGGUAUUCAAGAGGUAAUGAGAACUAAUUUAGGUCCGAAAGGAACGAUGAAAAUGCUUGUAUCCGGCGCAGGUGACAUCAAGAUAACCAAAGAUGGCAAUGUGCUUCUUCAUGAAAUGCAAAUACAGCACCCAACAGCAUCGCUUAUUGCUCGAGCUUCUACAGCACAGGACGAUAUGACAGGUGAUGGUACUACUUCUACGGUUUUGAUAAUUGGAGAGUUGUUGAAACAAGCAGAUAUGUUCAUCGCUGAAGGUUUACACCCACGUGUUAUAACCGAAGGCUUCGACUUGGCUCGUCGCAAAGUUUUAGAAGUUUUGGAUAAAAUGAAAAUCCCAGUUGAACUGGAACGUGAAGUGUUGCUGAACGUUGCCCGCACUUCACUUCAGACGAAGCUGCACCACCAGCUCACGGAUUUGCUUGCUGAUAUAUGUGUGGACGCAGUACUUGCCAUCCGCCAGGAAGGGAAACAAUUAGAUCUUCAUAUGGUGGAAUUAAUGGAAAUGCAGCACAAGACUGCAAGCGAAACAACCUUGGUACGUGGUUUGGUAUUGGAUCAUGGCAGUAGACAUCCUGAUAUGCCGAAACGUGUUGAAAAUGCAUACAUACUUACAUGUAAUGUGAGCAUGGAGUAUGAAAAAAGUGAAGUAAACUCUGGAUUUUUUUACAAGUCUGCGGAGGAACGGGAAAAACUUGUUUUAGCAGAGCGUGAAUUCAUUGAAAAUAAAGUUAAGAAAGUAAUUGAGUUGAAGAAGAAACUGUGUGACAACACAGACAAGAAUUUUGUUGUCAUAAAUCAAAAAGGAAUUGAUCCAAUGUCACUAGACAUGCUUGCUAAAGAAGGUAUUAUUGCUCUACGACGUGCCAAGCGCAGGAAUAUGGAACGCCUUACUCUUGCAUGUGGAGGUUCUGCCAUGAAUAGCGUUGAUGAUUUAACUGAAGAUGACUUGGGCUAUGCAGGUCUUGUGUACGAACACGUUUUAGGAGAGAACAAGUACACCUUUGUAGAAGAUUGUAAGAACCCUCAUAGUGUUACUAUUUUGGUAAAGGGUCCAAAUAAGCACACACUGAACCAAAUAAAGGAUGCCAUCAGGGAUGGCUUGAGAGCCAUAAUGAAUGCGAUUGUUGAUAAAUGUGUGGUGCCAGGUGCUGGGGCUUUUGAGAUAGCAGCUGCCCAAGAACUUGCCAAGUACAAAGACGAAGUGAAAGGGAAGGCCCGUCUUGGAGUCCAAGCUUAUGCAGAAGCCUUGCUUGUCAUCCCUAAAACACUAGCUGUUAAUAGUGGCUUUGAUAUCCAAGAAACCAUUGUAAAACUACAAGAAGAGAGUCGUGAAACCAGUGAUCCAGUGGGCUUGGAUGUGAACACUGGAGAAGCCUUGAAACCUGUUGAUGCUGGCAUUCUGGAUAACUACCUAGUGAAGCGUCAGAUUAUCAGCUCCUGCUCUGUUAUUGCCAGCAAUUUGCUUCUUGUGGAUGAGAUAAUGAGAGCUGGCAUGUCAUCCCUGAAAGGAUAAGAUGUGGCAUUUCACCAUACAAGACAGAAUCUAGAAGUUUCAAGAUCUAAAAAUUUGAACAGCCAACUGAAGGUAGGAGCUGCUGAUGUAACUCUUGAAAAUCUGAAAUACCAUGCCACAGGCCUACUUUUACAUUCAUUUUCAUAAAAACACUUUUUUUUUAAUUUGAUCAAACACUUUAGUUUUGAAAUUAGUGACUUAUAUGUGACAUAAAUGGACAUGUGAUUUCGUUAAUAUUCAAGUGUUCUUUAAACUGCACCAUAAUUAAUGUGCUAAUGUGAGACUGUCUAUUGCUAAUACUACUACUACUACUUGAAAAUCUUUAUUUGCUAAAUUAUAACUGUUUAACUCUGUGCUUUUGUUCAAUUUAUUGUAAUACUUGUCAAUAAUGGACUGUUGAUAAUAAAAUACUGCAUUAGUAAAUCUAA